GUGGCUCCCGCUGUCUUGCAGUGAGCUAAAAACGUUUUUUAUUCGUCCCUCGGCGGGUUUUUUGUUAAUAUUUGUAAAUUAAGUCUCUGCUGCGUAGUUUACGGUUACUCCUGCCGGCAUCAUGGCGUCGACGGCGGCGGGUAAGCAGCGGAUACCGAAGGUGGCGAAGGUGAAAAAUAAAGCUCCGGCAGAGGUUCAGAUCACUGCUGAGCAGCUGCUCAGAGAAGCCAAAGAAAGGGAGCUCGAACUUCUGCCACCACCCCCGAAACAGAAGAUCACUGAUGAGGAAGAGCUGAACGAUUACAAACUGAGGAAGAGGAAGGGGUUUGAGGACAACAUCAGAAAGAAUCGGACUGUUAUCAGUAACUGGAUUAAAUACGCACAAUGGGAGGAAAGCCUGAAGGAGAUCCAGAGGGCUCGCUCCAUUUACGAGCGAGCGCUGGACGUCGACCACCGCAACAUCACGCUGUGGCUGAAGUACGCCGAGAUGGAGAUGAAGAGCCGACAGGUGAACCACGCCCGCAACAUCUGGGACAGAGCCAUCACCAUCCUGCCUCGAGUCAACCAGUUCUGGUAUAAGUACACCUACAUGGAGGAGAUGUUGGGGAACGUGGCCGGCUGCAGGCAGGUGUUUGAGCGCUGGAUGGAGUGGGAGCCCGAGGAGCAGGCCUGGCACUCCUACAUCAACUUUGAGCUGCGCUACAAGGAAGUGGACAAAGGACGCACAAUCUAUGAGCGAUUCGUCAUCGUCCACCCUGAGGUGAAGAACUGGAUCAAAUAUGCUCGUUUUGAGGAGAAGCACGGCUACAUCGCUCACGGCAGGAAGGUGUACGAGAGGGCGGUGGAGUUCUUCGGGGAGGAGCAUGUGGAUGAAAACCUCUUUGUGGCUUUCGCCAGGUUUGAAGAGACUCAGAAAGAGUUUGAACGGGUUCGGGUGAUCUAUAAAUACGCUUUGGACCGAAUCCCUAAACACCAGGCGCAGGAGCUCUUCAAGAACUACACCAUGUUCGAGAAGAAGUUUGGAGACCGGCGAGGCAUUGAGGACGUCAUCGUCAGCAAACGACGGUUCCAGUAUGAGGAGGAAGUCAAGGCAAACCCACACAACUACGACGCCUGGUUCGAUUAUCUCCGCCUGGUGGAGAGCGACGCCGACCCCGACACGGUUAGAGAGGUUUACGAGAGAGCCAUCGCCAACAUGCCCCCCAUCCAGGAGAAGAGACACUGGAGACGAUACAUCUACCUGUGGAUCAACUACGCUCUGUAUGAAGAGCUGGAGGUCAAGGAUCCUGAGAGAACGAGGCAGGUGUAUCAGGCCUGUCUGGAUCUGAUCCCUCACAAAAAGUUCACUUUUGCUAAGAUCUGGCUGCUCUACGCUCAGUUUGAGAUCCGACAGAAAAACCUGCAGGGAGCCAGAAAAGUCAUGGGCACGGCGAUCGGGAAAUGUCCGAAGAACAAACUGCUGAAGGGUUACAUCGAGCUGGAGCUGCAGCUGCGUGAGUUUGACCGCUGCAGGAAACUGUACGAGAAAUACCUGGAAUACACUCCGGAGAACUGCACCACCUGGAUCAAGUUCGCAGAGCUGGAGACCAUCCUGGGAGACGUGGAGAGAUCCAGAGCCAUCUUCGAACUCGCCAUCGGACAGCCGAGACUGGACAUGCCCGAGGUGCUGUGGAAGUCCUACAUCGACUUUGAGAUCGAGCAGGAAGAGUUUGACAACACGAGGAAUCUGUACAAGAGGCUGCUGCAGCGCACCCAGCAUGUCAAGGUUUGGAUCAGCUACGCUAAGUUCGAGCUGUCGAUCGAAGGCCCAGAGCGGCUGCAGAAGUGCCGGCAGAUCUUCGAGGAGGCCAACAAGGGCAUGAGGAGCUGCGAAGAGAAGGAGGAGCGACUCAUGCUGCUCGAAUCCUGGAGGGACUUCGAGAUCGAGUUUGGCUCGGAGACCACCAGAGAGAGAGUGAGAAAGCUGCUGCCCGAGAAGGUGAAGAAGAGGAGAAAGCUGACGGCCGAGGACGGGUCGGACGCAGGCUGGGAGGAAUAUUACGACUACAUCUUCCCCGAGGACGCCGCCAACCAGCCCAACCUCAAACUGCUGGCCAUGGCCAAGAUGUGGAAGAGGCAGCAGGUGGAGAUCGAGGACACGAACGAGGACAUGGCCGAAGACACGGGCGAGAACAGUCCAGAAAAAGGUCAAAUGCCUGAAGACAAGACGACGUCGCCCUCUGGUUCUCCCUCUCGCUCCGACGAAGCCUCGACGACUCCACCCGCUGACCAGGCGGAGAACGGCAACGACAAAAACCUGGCGAUGGAAACAGAACCGCAGAAGACGUACGACGACCGAGACGACGAUGGUAGCAGCAGCAGCAGUAGUGGGAGUGACAGUGAUGAUGAUGAUGGAGAGAAAAAAGAGAAACAGAGCAAGGGCAGCGAUGAAGAGAAAGAUUAGAUUAGAAGGGGGGGGCAAGGGAAGUGAACAUUCAUCCUGGAUCAAUUUUCUACUGUUAGUGUUGUUAUUUUUUAAAUGUUAAUACACCAAAAUCAACUCAAA